AUGUCUUCUUACUCCUACCCGCCGGUGGCACCAGAUACGGCGCCCAACUUUACCAAAACCACCCAUUUGGAUACCUACCCCGCCAUCGACUCUGCGAAAGCCGAUUUGAGUGGCAAGUUCGUCUUCGUAACCGGCGCCUCCAAAGGAGUGGGCCGCGCAACCGCAAUCUCCUUCGCAAAAGCAGGUGCAGAAGGCAUCGCACUCGGCGCACGCUCCGACUUCACCAGCCUCGAAACCGAACUACAAGCUGCGGCGAAAGCAGCUGGAAAAAAGGCCCCCAAAAUCUUGAAGAUCAAACUCGAUGUUGUCGACCUCCAGAGCGUGGAGGCUGCUGCGAAGGAGAUAGAGAAAGAAUUUGGACGGUUGGAUAUAUUGAUCAACAAUGCUGGAUACUUGAGUAGUUUCGUCCCUCUCAUCGAAUCGGAUCCGGCGGAAUGGUGGAUGAAUUGGGAGCUCAAUAUAAAAGGCGUGUACUUGGUUACGAGGGCAUUGCUACCCUUGAUGUUGAAGGGAGGGGAUAAGACGAUAGUUAACCUUGCAUCUACGGGAGCGCUUAACUUCACACCUGGGGCGAGCGGCUACAAGUCCAGCAAGAACGCCUUGUUGAGAUUCACCGAGUUUAUUUGUACAGAUUAUGCAGAGAAAGGAGUCUUGGCCUACUGCGUCCACCCGGGAGGUGUGAAGUCGGACAUGAGCUUAAAGAUGCCAGAAGCUUCCUGGCCUCUCUUGGUACAUCAACCAGCACUUUCCGGAGACACAAUAGUGUCAUUAACGUCCGAGAGGCGAGUAUGGUUGGCCGGCAGAUAUAUUGGCGCCCCUUGGGAUAUGCCAGAGUUAUAUAGCAAAGAGGAUGAGAUCGUCAAGGGAGACAAACUUAAGAUGAGAAUGGUGUUCUAG